GCUGUCAGUAACAGUCAGGGGGUGUGUCAGUGAAGGUGGCGCUGCCAUAGACCGGAGAGCAGCGGGUGAGUGGCAUGUAGGAAGUGACAGGCAGACACACAUGUAGUGCGGACACGUCCCCCUCCUCCUCCUCCUUCCCCUCCUCUCCUCUCUAUGAUGGAGGCAGUGCUGGGAGGACGGAGCGGAGCAGGAAGCCGCAUGGAAUAGAGUGCCAGCCUGCCGUGUAUAGGAGAGAAGUGUGGGAAGUGUGCGCUAUCAGGGCCAUGGACAGGGCGGGAGGCGGCAGCAGUAACAGCAGCAGCCGGAGUAGUAGUAGAGCCACCUCUGCAGGAUCUUCUCCAUCAUCGUCCGGACGGGGACUACUGACCUCCGGGAGGAUCGGCCAGCCUGUGGAUGGAGGAGGAAGGGAGCAGAGACAAGUCAUAGAAGGACUACUCAGCAAGUACACCAACCUCAUCCAGGGAUGGCAGAACAGAUAUUUUAUACUGGAUUUAGAAUCUGGGAUCUUGCAGUAUUUUGUCACAGAGGCGAGCAAGAACCAGAAACCCAGAGGGUCCUUGUCUCUAGCUGGAUCGCUGGUUUCCCAGAGCGAUGAGGCUCCCUUCAUGAUACUUGUAUAUUCUGCCAAUGGCGAAGUCUAUAAACUGAAAGCUGCUGAUUCCAAGGAGCUACAGUUCUGGUUGACUCAGCUUCAAGCAUGUGCCAAGUAUCAUACUGAGCCCAAGAGCUCAUUGUCUCAGAGAACCAGAAGUUUUUCAUUGCUUCCCAUUGGAACAUCCAAUUCUUCAUCCCCUGGGAGCCAGAGGCAUGUCGCACCAAGCGGCCCCAGUGUUGUCACCAUCACACAUCACAAGUCACCUGCAGCUGCCAGAAGAUCCAAGAACCAGAAUCCUACCCAUCUACAUCAAGUCAAAGAGGUCAUGGCUGAGGUGGAAGGGCAGCAGAAAAAUCUGGUACAUGCCAUUGAAUCCCUUUCAGGCAGCGGCCCUCUAUCUGCCUUGGAUCAGGACUUACUCCUCCUGAAAGCUACCUCAGCUGCCACCCUUGUCUGCCUUGGCGAGUGCCUACAUUUACUACAGCAGAGUGUAUAUCAAGCUGGGCAGAACAGCAAAACUGUGAUGACAGAAAGCAUUCUGGGCUGGCAUGGACAAAAGUCUCAUUCUACAGAAAAUCUUAGAAAUGGAACUUUCAGCUCCUUACCAACUACCGCCUCAAACCUCACUUGGCCCAUACUCUCAAGCAUGCCUAAGGACUACCAAAUAAAUCAGGAAGAUGAGACUGGUCCUCCAGAGGCUGAAGAUGAGCUAACGGACACCGAAGAUAAUGAGGAAGAAGAUUUAGGCGUCAUGGAAGAUCAGCGUAGUGUAAUCCUCCACCUUAUCUCACAGCUCAAGCUUGGAAUGGAUCUUACCAAGGUAGUGCUUCCAACCUUUAUUUUGGAGAAAAGAUCCCUACUGGAGAUGUAUGCAAAUUUCAUGGCCCAUCCCGAUCUAUUCUUAUCCAUUGCAGCUGGCACCACCCCUGAAGAGCGAAUGAUUAGCUUUGUGGAAUAUUACCUGACAGCCUUCCAUGAAGGCCGCAAAGGAGCAGUUGCCAAGAAGCCUUAUAACCCAAUUAUAGGUGAAACGUUUCAUUGCAGCUGGGAUGUUCCCAAAGAAAAGGUGAAGCCUUGCAGAACUCAGAGUGCCUGUAUGAAAGCCAAAGAAACUGACAUAGUCCAGGAAUCUACCAAUGAGUCGUUCAAAGUGCGGUUUGUAGCUGAACAAGUGUCUCAUCACCCACCUGUGUCUUGUUUUUACUGUGAAUGCGAAGAGAAAAAGAUGUGCGUUAACACACACAUAUGGACCAAAAGCAAAUUCCUGGGAAUGUCAAUUGGAGUGUCAAUGAUCGGAGAAGGGGUACUCAAGUUGAUGGAAUAUGGAGAAGAAUACAUAUUUACUCUUCCUAGUGCCUACGCUCGUUCUAUACUCACAGUUCCCUGGGUGGAGCUGGGAGGUAAAGUCAAUAUAACUUGUGCCAAGACGGGCUACGCUGCCACCGUCACAUUCCACACAAAGCCUUUCUACGGAGGAAAAGUUCACAGGGUCACAGCUGAAGUCAAGCACCUGCCCACCAACACAAUAGUAUGUAAGGCUCAAGGAGAAUGGAACGGAGCACUGGAAUUCACUUAUAGCAGUGGAGAGACUAAAGUCAUUGACACAACUAAGCUGUCAAUUAUCAGGAAAAAAAUACGACCCUUAGAAAAGCAAGGACCUUCUGAAUCAAGGCGCAUUUGGGAAAAUGUCACCAAUGCCCUACAGUCAAAAAACAUUGAAACCGCAACAGAGCACAAACACCAACUGGAGGAGAGGCAGAGGGCAGAAGCCAGGCAGAGAGUAUCCACUAAUGUGCCAUGGAAUCCUAAGUAUUUUAUCAGAGAGGGUGAAGCCUGGGUAUAUGCAAACCCACUAUGGAAAGCACAGUGAUUACGAUGGUCCAAGUACUCCUAGCAACCUGCCAUGUUAAGAGAAAUCCUGCCAAGGAAUAAUAUGUUUCUGCAGCUGCAAUGUUAACCACUGUAUUCAAAAGCCAUUAUAUAUUCCACUUGAUGUGUACAUAUAUAAAUAUAUAUAGGUAUGCACUCUGUGUAUCAAAACUGAUAUAAAUAUAUGUAUAUACACAAAUUAUAAAUAUGAUAAUUAAGAUUUUUAUAAACCCUUUGGAAAUUUAUUUGCCAAAUAUUUUCCACUCUUUAGGUGAAAAAAAGUAACCAUCUAAUUACAUUUCAGUCUAAUAUACCUUAAGGUCACAUUUCAACAACAAAAAGGGACAGAAACUUUGUUAUUGCUGAUUUUUUUGCAAAGAUCAUUUGUAGAUAUCUGUAGCAUAUUGUUAUGACUCAGGAUUCAAAAUUAUUUCUCUAUCAACCUCUUAGACUAAAACAGGAUUUAAUAAACUCUCCUAAUUUGCCUAAGCUCCACCCAGAACUUCAUCAUAUUUAGACAAGGAUCAUUUGCUUUUGAAAAGCCCUUCCAGCCUCAGUUAAUCCCAUGAAGACUUCUGCCAGAAAUUCACUCAAUGUGCCCUUUGUAAAGGCUUGGCUGGGUACUUCCUUUUUCAGCUGCCUAAAUACUCGAACUCGAAUUAUGCCUUGACGCUAGGACGUUGCUAAAAACUCUCCCAGCUGUUACUUCUCUCAAUCCCCCCCAUUACAGGUGCAAACUCAUAAACCCUUAUAGAUUGGCAGUUUGUGAUCUUUGCUAUUGAAUCAUCGCUGAGCUCAGAGCUACUACAUCAGGGAAGAGAGAGCAUGUGCAAGGGGGUUUGAUUUAGAGAAAGUGCUCACUUCAUUGAUCGUGAGGGCGAGCAGUAACAGUUGGGAGUGUCUUAGCAAUGCCCUAGCAACAAUGCAGGAUGAGGGAUGCCAUCUCUGGGAGUUUUUCAGCCAGGCUUCUGAAGACACAUAAAUAUCCCACACCUAUGUCAAGGCCAUUAUUCAGUUUUGAUUGAAAGUUGCAGAGUUUGUUUUUUUAUCUACAGGUGCUCCUUACCCACAAAUACACGUUUUUAAUAAAGGAGAACUAUCCUUUUAAAGUGUCUGUCCAGGCAAAAUUGAUAGUCUUUUUUGCAGUGUUCCCAUACUAUAUAUACAUCACAAAAUGUACCAUUUUACAGCCCCAGUUAUUGUAAGAAAAAUACCUGGUGAUCCUGCCAUUCCCCAGAAUUUCACUGUGUUUUAUGUCCUGGACUGACAACACGAUUCAGCCUUCUUUCAAAUGGCUGAAACCCCCCCCACCCGCCCAAAGAUUGUCAGUACCCAAAAGAUGAGCAAUUAUGCAUGCAUACAGUGCUGGUCAUGUCGGGCACUUUCAUCAGUGCACAUGCACAUACAGCCUCUCUGUUCCUCUCUCCCUAACUUUGGCUUUUGGAGCAGUGUGAGUGGUGUCAGUUCCUAUUCUGAUGCCAUGCUCAAGGGAAAGCUCUGCCCACAAGUAAAUGGCACAUACCAAGGCUCGGCUCAGCAAAAGAUUACCCUGAAAAAAAAAAAACUUUUAAAAAUCAUAAAGCAAUAUAAACGUUUACAUUAGGGCUGUUGGUAAUACAAUGAUUAUCCAAUUACUAUCUAAUUGGGUAGGUAACUAACAAGUGUAGGUAAUGAAUCUUGAAAAUGGGUUACUUUAUAAUUUUAAAAACCUCAAGCCUUGCUUUCAGAACAUACACCUUUCUAUGUACUCAGGUUUUCUUCAGUUUAAAAUAUGUUAGUAUUGGAUAAUUCAUGUUCUAUGUUAGCUUGAGAAAUGGAUCUCCUGUCUCUGCAUUGUUGGUAUUUACUUUGAUGUUUGUCCUUCCAUGAUUUGAAGUAAAAUUUUAAAUUUCCUUAU